AACAACUAUCAUUCCUCUGUAAUGUAAUAACAUACAAACUCACAAUACGGAUAUGGAUAUCUUCACAGACGGCUCAAAGCAUGAUGGAAUGGUAGGAUCUUCGUAUGUUGUAUAUAUCAAUAACAUUGAAGCGUAUAAUAAAGUUUUUAGACUACAUGAAAAUUGUACUAUAUUCCAAGCGGAACUAUAUGCAAUCAAGAUGGCUAUUACAUGGAUAAAAGAAACCCAAAAUAAUGCUUACAUACAUUUGUACACUGACUCCUAUUCAGCUUAUAAUAUAAUUUUUAGCUCCAAACUACAUCCCUUAGUUGAAGAGAUUAGAAACUUACUACGAAUCUCUACGUGUACUAUUAAAAUCCUUUGGGUUAAAGCACAUCAAGGAGUCACCGGUAAUGAAAGGGCGGAUAUCUUAGCGAAGCAAGCUGCGGAAAACACGAAUCUAUCAAUUGAAUAUAACAAACUUAGUAUGAAGACACUAAAGCGCUUGAUAUGGGAGGAAACUUUUAUGAAGUGGCAAAACGAUUGGAAUGAAAAUAACUCCCAUAUAACGUACAAAUUUAUUCCGAACUUAAAACAAUUUUAUAAUUUAAAGUGGUUCUCCCCAAACUACAAUACGACACAAGUGCUCACUAAUCAUGGCAAAUUUGCUUCUUAUUUGACACGAUUUACUAAUAGAGGGAAUGACUUAUGCCCCACAUGUUCCAUAACUGAUGGAUCGGAACAUUACCUCUAUCACUGUGUUAUGUUUACUAGAGAAAGAUUAGAAUUGAGACUUCUUAUGGAGGAACGAGGCAUAAUAUGGCCAGGUAACCUAUCCGAUAUUUGGACUGAUGAAAACAUUUAUAAAGCAUUUACCAAACUUGCAAAUAGCAUCAAUACUAUCAAUAGUCAAAUUAUUGUACUAUGCUGCACAUCCUUGGGAGCAGACAAAAGUUCUAUGCUCAGGCUUUACAGGGCCCUUGUCCGCUCAAAGCUGGACUACGGUUGUAUUGUUUAUGGCUCUGCACGAGAAUCUACUCUUCAAAUGCUGGAUCCAAUUCACCAUAAAACAUUAUGUGUGUGCACUGGUGCUUUUCGAACUUCUCCUGUCCAAAUUGAUUGUACAGUAUUAGAUACUCAGUUGAAACGAUUAUUUGAAGCUUGCCCAAUUAGUGUCCCUACAUUCAACAUAAGAAUGGAGAAUCGGUUUGGACACUCCCAAACAUCAUGCAGAGGAAAAAAAGCAUGUGCACAGUGUGGAAAUGAAGACCAUGAGAGUAAUGAAUGCACAAGUUCUCCAUGCUGUGUGAACUGCAAAGAUGCUCAUCCUGCCUAUUCUCGGAAAUGCCCUUCAUGGCAGAGAGAGAAAGAAAUUCAGGGAUUGAAGACGAUUAAUAAUAUAUCCUACUCGGAGGCACGUCGUAUGAUUACCUUAAAUACACCAGUGAAACAAAAGACAUUCGCUGCUGCUCUGAAAUCCACAAAGACAUGUGGAGUUCAAACAGACAUUUCUGUUUCACUUGAUGAAUCUCUGACUCGCCAUGAAAAAUGUCUGCUGAUACUAUCUACCAAAGCAACAGAAAAAGAGAAUAACAAAGCAAAACCACUCAUACCUAAAACAGGGGUAACAACUAGGAAAGUGGGUUCCAAAAAAGCCAGUAAGAACCCACUUAAUAAACAAAGAAUAAAAGCAGCCCUGUCUAAAACUAAAAAAUCAGAGACUCAGUCUAUGAGCGAGUUCUCUGACUUCUCUGAUGAAGAGAAUAAUAAGGGGGUGACACCACCAACAUCACCUCCAAAAGAAAAACCCCCUUGGCAAAACAUGUGGAAUGCACAAGUCCACAAUAAACUACACGAGAUCAAACCUACGAUAGAAAAUUGGACACGUAACAAACAGUACGACAGGAGAUCUGAAGUUAUUCUUUGUCGUUUGAGAAUUGGGCAUACUCGGUUGACUCAUCAAUACCUUUUGAAGGGUGCAGACCAGCCAGUAUGUGAGUAUUGCAACUGCUUUCUAAGUGUAAAACACAUCCUUUGCAACUGCAUUGCUUUCGAUCAAAAUCGUAAACAGCAUUUUGGAAAUGCAAGCUUGAGAGAGAUUUUGGGCCAGAGGCCAAAUCUUGAUAAAAUCCUGAACUUUUUGAAAGUUAUAAAUAUAUGCAAAGAGAUAUAAUUAUUUAUUUAAUUUAUAUUUAUACAUAUUUUGUUA